AUGGCCACCAAACCUGAAGGCCUCCCCGAGAUGGAGUACCGGUUCCUCGGCCGGUCUGGGCUCAAGGUGUCGGCGCUGUCGCUCGGCGGCUGGCUGACAUACGGCGGCCACAUUGACGAGGAGGGCACGCUGGCGUGCAUGAAGGCAGCGUACGACGCCGGCGUCAACUUCUUCGACUGCGCCGAGCAGUACUCGGAGGGCGACAGCGAGCGCGCCAUGGGCAACGCCAUCCGCAAGUACGGCUGGAAGCGCAACGACCUCGUCAUCUCGACCAAGAUCUACUGGGGCGAGGUCUUUGGCGACAACAAGGCCAACAACGUCGGCCUGUCCCGCAAGCACAUUAUCGAGGGCCUGGACCAGUCGCUCGAGCGGCUGCAGCUGGACUACGUCGAUCUCGUCUACGCCCACCGCCCGGACCGCCAGACGCCCAUUGAGGAGACGGUGCGCGCCUUCAACCACGUCAUCAACCAGGGCAAGGCCUUUUACUGGGGCACCUCGGACUGGAACGCCGACGAGAUUGCCCAGGCGUGGCGCUACGCCGACAAGCUGGGCCUCAUUGGCCCCGUCAUGGAGCAGCCCGAGUACAACAUGCUGAACCGUGAAAAGGUCGAGCGCGAGUUCGCGCACUUGUACCGCGACGUCGGCCUGGGUCUGACCACCUUCUCGCCACUGCGUCUGGGCAUCCUGUCGGGCAAGUACCGUGACGGCAUCCCCGAGGGCUCGCGUCUGGCGCAGACGCAGCUUGAGUUCGUGUCGGGUCUGUGGAAGCGCGUCGGCAAAGAGCAAUUUGAAGGCAUGGCCGCGCAGGUGCGGCAGCUGGAGCCGAUUGCCGAGUCGCUGGGCGUGUCGCAGAGCGUGCUUGCACUGGCGUGGGUGCUGAGCAACAAGAACGUCAGCUCGGCCAUCAUGGGCGCCAGCAAGCCGGAGCAGGUGUUUGAGAAUAUCCAGGCCGUAGCCACUUACAAGAAACUGACACCCGAGAUCCUGGCGCAGAUCGACACCAUUCUCAACAACAAGCCGCCGGCCGUUGUAGAGCGCUUCUAA